UUCCGAAUCCAGCAGGUUUCCCCUCCAUGUUUUAUAGUUGAUAUUUUAAUUAUAAAUGUAGAUUUUGUUGACAAAGUGAUUUGUUUGAAGGUGUGCAUUUAAUCGGAUAUUAACUUUAUGUUUAAAUUUCUUUGUUAUGUUGCCAGGGGAUGCUUGAUUACAGGUCAGCUCGUCGAGAACUCACUAGGUGGCGGCUAGCUAGUUGUGUUCGAAAUUUCGUGUAUAAAGUUAACGCGUUAUCGACUAUGAGCGAGUCGACUCGUUUGCUCAUCACUAAAACUUACAGCAGAAAUUAAAGAUAUGGUGUUGAGGAUUCUCCCCAGUAUUUUGACAAGACAAAUCCUGUAACUGGGGGUUGGUUGGUUGAAAAGUUCUUGAAGAACCCCACUAAACUUUGAUAAGUCCUUAAAUUAAAUAUGGACAGUACACUUGUCAGCACAUUUAUGCCUCUUUUAAAUACUAUCAAGAUAUCUGGUAAAUGUCGUUUUGAGGUAUCCAUCUUUUAUUGUGAGUGCAUUUACUUGUUAGGACGAGCAUGCCAUAGCCUAGGUACAUGUGUAUAACAGGUUGGGGACACUUCCCCUAUUGUGAAAUAUUCUAAAUCAAUAUAUAGAAAUUCUAGAUAUAGUGAAAAUGUGAUUAUCCCUCCUUAGUGAGAGUAAAUGUAUCCCUUCAACCGAGAAAAACACCCGAGGAGUACAUGUCUGUGUUUCACAUCAAAAGAAGGAAAAGUACUAAAAUGUCUGAUAUUUCUGCAAAUAUAUUAAUCAAAACAAAAACCACAAUGUGCAUGGGAAUCUAGCCUCCUUCCCUCAUACACAGCAACAUUGAUAUGAAAUUUCUUGACUGUGUUGUCAAUUUUAUAGAGACAAUUUUCAUCAUGUUAAGUGUGUGUCGCACAUAUUCAGCAUUGCAUUUUCCGUUAUUUUCAACUUAAAACACCUGUUUAUGGUAAUGUUUACUUUCUCGCUAAAGAAGGAUAAUCGCGAUUUAGCGAGAAGAUCUUGCUAUUGGGGAAGUGUUUCCAACCUGCAUAACGGUAAUACUGCAUGAGAGGAAACAUAAUUCUUUCCCAGGGAAGUGGAUUCUACUCUAGUCUAUGUGAUUUCAAUGUCUAUGUGAUUGGGGUUCAAUCUAUACUCUUGAAUAACACGUAGUUUACAGCUCAACGUGCAUGAAAGUGGACACACACACAGAUACUGUAUAUAUAUAUAUAUAUUGGGGUGUGUGUUGUUGUUGUUGAAUCUUUACCCCCUCCCCCUGUACAGUAGCACAAUUUGUUUUUAUGAUAUCAGAACAUAAACCUUGACAUUGUAUCUAUUGUCUUCCUCGGCAAUCAUCCAUGUUGUAUUUCAUAAUAAAUACACUAGGAGGCUCACCAGUAUGCUGAGUGGCUGGCAACGACACACUCAUUAGUAUUUGUAUCAUUAUUCAUUGGCAAUCACUUCCAUUUCUUUGGUGCUGUCACAUUGUUUACAUGGAAGUGAAAAAACUACCAAACAUUUGUAGUCAUUUUGUGUUUUACACGGCAGCACAUUUUUUCCUUUGGUGAGCCUAACUUCAUCAUGUUACUGAAGACUCUUAUGAGAACCACGGUAAUGAGUUCUUCGUUUUUUCUUCGUGAAUCUGAGGAUGCAUCUGGGUGGAAUCCUUGUUUUCUAAUUUUCUUGUGGCCCAAAAAUGAUUUUGCCGAGUACGGAAUGCAGAUUCUUGCAUCACGGAGAACGCUGAGUGUUGCAUGGCCUAUAUCUGGCGCUUAUCGUUGCUUCUCUCGUUGCUAUAACUAGUACUGUUUGACUGGUUCUCCGUACUUCAUAACAGCAAUAGAACAGAUGUCAAUACCGUAGAUGCCUCAGCAGGCAGAUGUAUUAACAAAAAACGCUGGAUACGAAGAUUUUUUAUUUAACUUGCGUUUUACAAAUGGAAUUCUACCUUCAAAGUAAAAAUGUCUUACAAGUUACAUUGAAAUGAUUUCUUGCGUGUUUGUUUUCAUUUUAAAUCUACAAUGAUUUUAAACAUUGUUUUAAUAUCCAACUACUAGUGCAUGCACCCAAUGCUGAGCAGGACGAGAGCCGAUGUGACAGGUAUGUAGUAUUCUCUGACAUUUUAUACAGUCAAGUACGAAUUGCAGAAAAUGAGAUCCCACUAUCGGAAAUAUUAUUUGCAUUUUCAGAAAGCCAAUGACAAUCCAAAGCUUUUUUUUAAUGCUGGGAGGCAGGUGUAGCUGUUGAUCUGAAUGGUUUCUGUACAAGAUGAACUGGAAGAUGACAAAUUUGAUAGACUUGACUCGAGAUUUUACAGACAUUGUUAGAAAUUCUACCGAAUUUCAAAGUAAUGCAAUUGUAUUAUUAAAAGUUUAUGGAAUUCAAUGACGUCAUUAGUAUGGUACCGAAGUGGCUUGGUUAUAUAUUUUGCAAAUAGAAGAUUUACAAGAGAUGACCCAGACAAAAAUGAGAAAGUUUAAACUGAGCACAGUGCUAGCUAAUGAUGAAGUUGAACAAUGGUAGAAAUUUAGCACGAGGAAAGAGAAGUUAAUUAGUGGUGUUAAACCCACCUCUACGAAGUUACCUCGAUUUUGGAUGAUGGAACUAGAAGCUCUGCUGAACAGGGAUGAAAUUGAGGACUCCCACAGAAUGGCAACCCAAAGAAGGAAUAUCACAAAUUUGAAAAGAAAUGUGUGUCUCUUGCAAAGCUUGACCAAUAUGUCAGAGGAGAGAAAAAUGAUUUGUGACAAAUGCGACUGACGGUUAGAGGAGUGGAAACAAACAUCAGAUUUACUCUAGAGAUAAGGCUUAGCAAAAGAUGUCUUCCAAUAUGAGCUAAAAAUGUAGCAAGUAAAAAGAUGUGUAAUUUUAUUGGUCAUUGUCUAGGAAGCAAUAAGGUUAAGAGGUCAUUGCCAUGGAUUCUGAAAUCCUUCGUCAGGCUGUACAGUAUCAUGGACCUGAACUUGUGAGAUGUCUCCAGAUUGAACAGCAGCAUGUGCCUAGCAAUGUGACGGAUAUUCUUAGUCAAUUUCGCCAACGGCAUCCUGAUACAAUUAGGCUUCAAGGUCUAUCCCAGAGAAUUCAGAGUUUUGCAGCUAAGAAGGCAGACUACCUGUUUGCUCAAGUUGAAGAUGUGACCAGGGAACCCAUGUCGUCCUCUGAUGAUGAUACUUACGCCCGGAUGCCACCGUUGGAGUCUUUUAUGGGAGUUGACUGGACAGCAGCGAGGAGACAUUUCUUUAAUAGUUUAGAGAGAUAUGAUGUUGUGAUUGGAGUGGUCACUACAGCACUGGACAGUGGACUUGUUUUGACCCUCCUCUGUCAGGACAAUGACAAAGCUCGGGAUAUCGACGAGAUGAAAAUAACAGCAUUCUGUCCAGCGAAAGAACUUCCCCGAGUGCCCUAUCAGAGCCCAGUGGAGGGAUUCGCUGUGAAGGACAAAGUCAGAGGUGUUGUAGUGAAUGUGAAUUCGGAGUCGGAACGUAUUAUUGUAUCGCUGAAUGAGAGAGCAUUGUCUGAGGAGCAGGAACACAUCAAAUUAGGUUUGAUCAACGCAGAGGAGUUCCCUGUACAGUACAGGCGUAAGUUACACAUCCGUGGUUUGACCUUUGAUGAACUCCUGCACUCCAUUCUGGGCUUUAACAGUGCAGGGAAUGUGUCCUUCCUGCUGGACAGUCUGAAGUUAGAGGACACCUCCUCCUACAUGAGAGGCUUAUACAGAUUAAAACUUUCUGAGAAGGAGAUGGCUGAGGGUCUGAGAAAACAGCAAUCUCAGAAGUGGGCCCAUCAGAGUGUUGCAGAAGGAAUUAAGCACUUUAAGGAGGGGAAUCAAGUAGAAGCCAUGCAGUUCUUGAAUAAGGCGUUGCAGAUCGAUGAAACUAACGUGGAGGCAUUGACAGCCAGAGGCGCCCUAUACGCCAAUAAUGAAAGUUACCACAGAGCUAUGGAAGAUUUCGAAGAAGCAUUGAAAAUAAAUCCCAGCCAUCAGAAUGCGAAGAAGUACAUGUAUGAGACAUUGCUUGCCGUGGCUCGUAUUAAAGAGGAAGCAGAAAACUUUGAGGAAGCUGAGAUGUACAUAAAAAAGGCCCUGGACCUUGAGCCGGAGUCAAUGGAAGCAAGAGAGACUCUGAGAUUUAUACUCUACAAAAAGGAUCGACAAAAAGCCAGCGGGAGUUAUCGGAGACAGUCCCGACGUGAUGAGGGUAGAGAAUCUGACGAAGAAAUGUUUGUGGACCGUACCACAGCUACACUGAAAAAGUUGAUCAAUGAGGACAAGAACAGAAGUGAGAAGAAAAGAAAGGAGAGGUCACCAAGAAGUUCAAAAACAAGAAAGUCAAGGUCACCAGAGUUUGACAGGGACAUUUUUGGCAGGCGGAAAUAUGAUGGUAUCCCAGGGUUAGACCUAGAAGAAGAAACCACUGAAAAACCAGAGAAAUCACCUUCAAGGCAAAGAUAUAGGUCAAAGUCACCAGACAAAUCACCACCCAGACAAAGAUAUAGAUCAAGGUCACUAGACAAAUCACCACCCAGACAAAGAUAUAGGUCAAGGUCACCAGACAAAUCACCACCCAGACAAAGAUAUAGGUCAAGGUCACCAGAUUACAGUCAUCAUUACAGUGUAGAUCACCAAUCUUCAUUUAUGCCAAAGACGAGAGAGUAUGAUGGGGAUGAGAGAAAACACUCAGAUAGCAGAGGAAGAUUAGAUGAAGAGCUGAGAGAAAAGCUCCUUAGAGGUAGAGACCAACACACCAAGGAAGGCAGAAACUUGGAUAGAAACCCUGACAGACAAAGCCUGGAUGGAAUUCCAGAUAGAGGCUUAAGUCAAAAUCCAGACAGAAAUGGAAAUCCAAGUAGCGAUGUGUAUCAGAGAAAGUUCAGUAGGAAGAAGUUUGAAGGAAAUCGAGAUUCAGGAAAUAAAAACUGGGGAGAUUUAGAUCACCAUGUACCUCCAGAAAAAGAUGAGAUUGACAUGUUAUAUGGAGACAUUGAUGACUUUGAUCCGAACAGACAAGAAGAAGAGAGAGUAAAAAGAGGUCUCACAGCAAAUUUAAUGAAAAUCCGAAGCAAACCCAAUCAGCUGUCUGACGUGAAGAGGGCGAGUGUUUCCAUGUCUCCUAGCAGAAAACGCAGUGUCUCACCCAGUGCUGGAAAAUUCAACAAUUCUAAACAGUACAGAGAAGGAAAGAUGUCUCAAAGAGAUGAAAAGAGGAAAGAUGACUUUACAGAUGAUGAUAAAGGAAGAUACAGCGAUGAAUCUCCUGUGAAGAAGAAGAAGAUAAAGAAGCAGAAAAACAAAGAUGAAAAGGGCGAGAAAAGAAGACGGAAAAGUAAAGGAAGCUUAUCGCCUGCUGAUACACGAUAUCUUAGAGAAGAAAAAGAUGUGGGGAAAAGGGAUAGGGAUUCGCAGGACAGCUACAGUCGAGUUCCAAAGAAAGAGAAGAAUGAAGAUGACCAGAAAUUUAAAAGUGAAAAGAAGUUCAAAAAGAGAAAAGAAUUGCUAAGUGAGAAGAAUGUAUGGCGAAAGAAACAAGAUCACAUAGGAUCUGUGCAGGAAGUGGUGAAGUCCAAAUGGGACAGUCCAACUGAUGAAAGGUAUUACAAAACAUUAAAUUCGGAAAGAAAAUCACGAUUUGAUGACGCUGAUAGAUAUGAAGGCCAGAGGCACAAAGCAGAGAAAGCUUCAAAAUUUCGUAGUACGUUUUUGGAGGCUGAUUUCUCUAAGGUAAAAGAGGAGCCAAAGGGACCACGAAAGCAAUACAGGUCACCACCACAGGAAAAGAGGGAAUCGGUUCCAAAAGCGGAGCCUAAGAAGUUCAAUCUGCCAUCCAAAGAAGAACUGGACAGAGAAUUUGAAGGAAUUCGAAUCCACAUACGAAACGACAAGUACAGUGUGGCUGAGGGUCAGUCAGACAGCCAAGGACCAAUGGGAGUUAGACCCUUUGACAGCGUUGAAGACGACCCAGUUAGCAUUGUCAGUGCUCUUCACACUGAGCAAAUCUACGCUCCAAAAUCGGAGCCAUUAUAUGAAGAAGAGAUGUUUGAAGUGAAAUUAAAAAGAGAUGAUUCUCCUCCUCAUCGGGACCGACCGAAAUCAAAUUAUCGGAGAAGGCGUUCGCAUUCAUCCACAUCCUCUAGCAGAAGCCGCUCAUCAUCCUAUGAUAGGAAUAAACAAAGGAAAAGAUCACGAUCACAACAGAGACGGUCGAGAUCACGUGAUAGUAGAAGCAGAUCUCCAAGUGCUCAUCAUUCACGGCCAAAACGUGAAAAAUCAAGGUCGCCUCAUGAAAGGGAUGAAAAGCAGGCCAAGAACACUAUUGGCAAGCAGUUGUUUGAGAUUUUUAGGUAUAAUAAAAAUAGGAUUCAUUCGGAUGGGAAAUCAGUGGUAAUUAAACCAUUUGUCAAACUUAAAAUUGAUGGAGAACGAGGGGGCUCACGAGGAGGAGGAACAAGGGGAGGGGGCACCAGGGGAAGAGGGAAUUUUAUAGACAGGGGUAGAGGAAAUGGGAGGGGCAGGGGAAAGUUCAUCCCUCGUGGAAGGGGCAUGUUUAGGGGGCGUGGGCAGUACCAAAGUGGAUUUAGAGGCAGAGGGGGGUAUCACAACAAAGACCGCUCUUACUCAUCAAAAUAUAAAUCAAGGUCAGGAGACCGAUCUCGGUCAAGAUCAAGAGACAGAUCUCGUUCAAGGUCAAGGGACAGGUCGCGGUCGAGAGACAGGUCAAGGUCCCGAUCCAAACAUAGGUCAAGAUCUCCAAAGAAUCAUCCGUCUAAGAGCAAAGAGAAAAGGGGAAAUUGGUCACCGCCGAUAGGGCAGGGCAGUGGUUACUAUGGUGUCAAGCCCAAUUCUAAAUCCAAUAAAACAGGAAAAGCUGGGGAAGAGGGAACAGAAGCUGGAGUGUCUGAUGGCACCAAAGAAACGAAGGGUUCUUCACUGGAUCAGAUGGAGGUCUUUCUGGAACAGCUCAGACAGAAGAAAAUGCAAGCAGCUGCCAAUAAUAACUUUUAACCUUUAACCUUUGUUAAAAUGAUUUUAUCUUCGCAGUAGCAGGUUGAAAAUGUCGUCGGUUUAAAUGUUCAUUCUCAUUUUUUAAAAAUAUGACUCGAUGAUUGUUUGGUAAAUAUUUUGUCAUUUCAUUGUGAAUAUCAUUUAUCAUCAUUGAUUUGAUUGUAUUUAAAUUGUAAAACCAG